AUGAUCGUGUUGUGGGUCACACUGCUUGUUCUUCAUCGUGGAUAUUCCCUGGUCCCAGUGAUCACAGUUCAUGUUGGUGAACCUGUGACGUUCACAUGUGUUUUACCUCGUGAAUUGUUUAGCAGUAGAGAGGUAUUCUGGUACAAGCAGAAUGCCGGAGAUACCCUGAAAGUAAUGGCAAUGAAGCGGAAAACUACAAAAAUUGAGUUUGUGCCAGAGUUUUCUGAAUCAAGAUGGAAAGUAAAUAAUGCUGAGAAUUGUAGUAACCUAACCAUUUUGAGCACGAUUCCAGAAGAUGAGGGAAUGUAUCACUGUGAACUCAAGGAGUGGAUUAAUACUAAAUGGAGUGGGACGUAUUUGUUAGUAAAAGGAAACUCUCAGAGGACUUCAAAUUACACUGUUGUUCAGUGGCCGACACUGUCUGGUCCAGUCCAUCCAGGAGACUCGGUGACUCUGCAGUGUUCAGUCUUCUCUGACCCUGAGAACGAAACAUGUCCAGGAGAUCACAGUGUGCACUGGUUCAGAGCUGGAGCAGAGAAAUCUCACCCAGGAACGAUCUACACUGCACAGAGAAGUGAUGAAUGUGAGAAGAAACCCGAUGCACAUUCACCUGCGAAGAGCUGCGUUUAUCGAUUCACUAAGAGUGUCAGCUCCUCUGAUGCAGGGACUUUUUACUGUGCUGUGGCCACAUGUGGACAGAUAUUAUUUGGACAUGGAACACAACUGGAGAUUGACGAAACCGGCCUGUGGUCCGUCCAGAAGGACAGUAUAAUUCUGCUUCUGCUGUGUGCUGUCUUGGCUAUAAGUCUAGUUGUUUUAGCCUUCAUCAUUUAUGACAUCAAGAAAAACAAGAGUGAUUCUUGCAGAGCUGCUGGUUCCCUGCAAGAAAAUGUUGCAAAAAGGAAUUUAAAGGUAAAUGGGGACACAGGGAUUUACUCAGCUGCCAUCUUUACCAUGGUGAAAAGUGAGAGUGGUGGAAUGAGGGAUGCCGUGGGCAGAGAUAGAAUCUACACUGCUGUUAAGGCUUUUGGACUGAAUUAGUGAGUCAACUGAAGCUUCUGAGAUCAGUUAGUACAAAAUGUGGUAGUUGAUGUUCUGUUGAAAGCUACAGGCUGUUGUUAUACGUGGCUCUUAUGUAAACUUGUAUAACACAAUGCAGUUAGCACAGCUAUGUGUGAAGCUCUUCUCGUCACCUAUCUAUGCCACCAUCACAAAAGUGUGAUAGUGGUUGUAUCCUUGUCUGUAAAAUGCAAUAAAUAUAUUUUUUUCUCAUAACGCUUUGCUCAUUUAUAAUUUCAACAUCCUUUAUGGUCUUCUGACAUUUCCAUUUUGAUAUUCUAACUCUGUUCAUAAAAUUGUAUGUUUUGUUCCACCAAAAGAUGUGAGUAGUUCCAAAUAUGACCUCGGUCAAAUUGAAUGUGUAGUGUUGUAUUUAACAAUUUUCACUGUUAACAGUAAAAGACAGUUAUGGUGCUGGUUGAUGAAAUGCAUGCCAGGAAAUACCGCUGCACUGAUAGUGAAGGAACAAAAAACUUACGUUACAGCCCGUUGCAUUCAUACAUUUUUUUUUUUAAGAUACCACAAGACAGGAAGCGCCUGCAUUCGGUCUGUGUGUGGCAUACCUUAGGUGUUUAUACAUGUUACCUUCUACCUGUUGCUGAUAUUGUGUGACCACAAAAACUUGGGUGAUGGGUUUUAGUAAACUGUCAAUAAAUAAAACACUCUGUUUCUUACCGUUCCAAAUGUUUAAUGCCAGUCUGACCACCUGCCAACCGAUAUUUCAGUGACCAUGUUCAUUCAGUGAAGUGACCAUCACAUGCUGAAUGAAAUACAGAAAUGCUGCAUAGGACGUUAAAUGACAAUCAGUUUUUUUU